AACGCUGCGCCGCGGUCGUGUCGGCUUGUCUAUGGGAGUGCCCGCUCGUAUCGAAUUUGUGUGAAAAUUAUUACAUGUCCAGUGAAAAAGGCGAAAAUAUUGCAUUACUCGUAUGACAGUGAAUAAAAUAACCGUUUGAAAAUGGCGUUGGAGGGUGUGAAAAGUGAAAAGAGUGAGGAAAACAGUGGUAACGUUGCCGACGGGAAGGCGAACGGGACUGACAACAAAAGUAAACAGAUCGAGCCGAACACAGCGUUCUUGCGAGCGGCGCGCGCCGGCCAGCUGGACACGGUCGUCGAUCUACUCGACUCCGGCGCAGUCAAGGAUAUCAACACUAGCAACUCGAAUGGACUGAAUGCGCUGCACCUCGCCGCUAAAGAUGGUCACAUCGCAGUGGUUGAGGAGCUACUCAAACGAGGCGCCGUCGUCGACGCUGCUACUAAGAAAGGCAACACAGCACUCCACAUAGCAUGCCUGGCGGGCCAAGAGGCGGUGGCGCGGGCCCUGCUGGAGGCUGGUGCGCGGGCCGACGCGCAGUCCGCGGCGGGCUUCACUCCGCUGUAUAUGGCUGCGCAGGAGAACCACGCCGCCUGCGUCAAGAUGCUACUCGCUGCUGGUGCCAGCCAGACUCUAGCCACCGAGGAUGGCUUCACACCGCUAGCAGUGGCGAUGCAGCAAGGACACGACAGAGUGGUAGCUGAGCUACUGGAAUCAGACACGCGGGGCAAGGUUCGACUUCCUGCGCUUCACAUCGCUGCGAAAAAAAAUGAUGUCAAAGCUGCUACACUCUUGUUAGAGAACGAACAUAACCCAGACGCUUGCUCGAAGUCUGGCUUCACACCUCUACACAUAGCGGCGCACUAUGGCAACGUGGCAGUGGCUAAGGCGCUACUGGCGGCUGGAGCGGACUCCGGACGUGCAGCCAAGCAUAACAUCACGCCUCUGCACGUCGCCAGCAAGUGGGGACAGCUGGCCAUGGUCGAUCUGCUGGUCGAGAAUGGAGCAAACAUAGCAGCGGUGACUCGCGACGGUCUCACCCCGUUGCACUGCGCGGCGCGGUCUGGACACAGCAACGUCGUGUCACGACUCAUACAACAUGGUGCACCCAUCACAUGCAAGACAAAGAACGGCCUCACUCCGCUUCACAUGUCUGUGCAAGGCGAGCACUCAGAGACUGCCCGCGUGCUGCUGACGGAGGGCGCACCCAUCGAUGACGUCACCGUCGACUACCUCACCGCACUCCACGUCGCCGCGCACUGCGGACACGUCAAGGUAGCGAAACUGCUUCUGGAUCGUAACGCGGACGCAAAUGCGCGCGCUCUUAACGGCUUCACCCCGCUACACAUCGCCUGCAAGAAGAACCGGAUAAAGGUCGUUGAACUGCUACUCAAAUAUGGCGCCAGCAAGUCGGCAACGACGGAGUCGGGCCUGACCCCGCUGCACGUGGCGUCGUUCAUGGGCUGUAUGAACAUCGCGCUGGUGCUGCUGGGCGCGGGCGCCGCGUGCGACGCGUGCACGGCGCGCGGGGAGACGCCGCUGCACCUGGCGGCGCGCGCGCACCAGACCGACCUCGUCAGGGUGCUGCUCAGGAACAACGCCAAGGUGGAAGCCCGUGCUCGCGAGGAACAGACUCCCUUGCAUGUGGCAGCAAGACUGGGUCAUGCUGAUAUCGCCGCGCUGUUGCUGCAGCACGGCGCCGACGUCGCCGCCGCCACUAAGGACCACUACACGCCGCUCCACAUCGCUGCCAAAGAAGGCAAAGACGAAGUAGCCCUGAUCCUUCUGGACAACAACGCGCCAAUAGAAGCGGAGACGCGCAAGGGCUUCACUCCGCUGCACCUGGCGGCCAAGUAUGGCUCCACGGGCGUGGCGCGGCUGCUGCUGGCUAGAGGCGCUCAAGCCGACGCGCCCGGCAAGAGCCACAUCACACCCCUACAUAUGGCCACUUACUACGGACACCCCGACAUCGCCUUGCUUCUGCUCGACAAAGGGGCCUCACCACACUCGCUGGCCAAGAACGGCCACUCUGCUCUGCACAUCGCCUGUCGACACAACCACCCCGACAUCGCCUUCGCUCUGCUCGAACAUGAUGCGGAUCCGGGAGUGAAAUCCAAGGCAGGCUUCACCCCUCUUCACAUGGCUGCUCAAGAGGGGCACGAAGACUGCGUGGAGAUGCUCAUAGAACGAGGAGCCGAUGUCAACGUGCCUGCUAACAAUGGUCUAACCCCAGUCCACUUAGCAGCAUCAGAAGGUCGCACGGCAGUUCUGAAAGCCCUCCUUGCGGCGGGCGGUCAAUGCAACGCGCGCACCAGGGAUGGGUACACUCCCCUCCACGCGGCCGCUCACCACGGACACCACGCGGCCGCUAACACGCUCAUCGAUGCGCAGGCGGACGUCACGACGCGCGCCGCUCACGGGUUCACGCCUCUUCACCAAGCGGCGCAACAAGGACACACGCUCAUCAUCCAACUGCUUCUCAAGAACAACGCUGAUCCUAACGCGUUGUCAGCUAACGGCCAAACAGCGUGUGCGAUAGCGGACCGUCUCGGGUACAUCAGCGCUGUGGAGGCGCUGCGUCCGGUCACUGAGAACACCCUCAGUCAGGCGGUCGGAGAUACUGGUGGUCUGGAAGGCAAAUACCGCGUGGCAGCCCCCGAGCUGAUGCAGGAUACAUUCAUGAGUGACUCCGAGGACGAAGGAGGUGAAGUGGAGUGUCCAAUCCAACAGCAGCAACAGUAUCGCUACAUGCAUAGUGAGGCGGGCACGCUGCACCGAGCCAAGCCGCUCGAGGACAGCGUCACGGACGGACACCUCUGGCCCAGCAACAAUGACCGCAAGAUCGCCACCAUCGACCGCCAGCCGCUUGACAUCGGGUUCCUGGUGUCCUUCGUGGUGGAUGCUCGGGGUGGGGCGAUGAAGGCGAAACGGCGUGGUGGAGUACGCAUCAUAGUGCCACCCGCCGCCUGCGCCGCGCCCACCAGAGUGACAUGUCGUGCUGCAACACGCCGUGCCCCAGCUGCGGCGCCGCCCCCGCUCAUGGAGGGCGAAGCGCUAGCGUCCCGGCUGUUAGAGCUGCAACCAUCGGGCGCUAAGUUCUUGGCUCCGGUGAUCAUCGAGGUGCCAAUCUACACUGCGUCAUGCAAAGAGCGUGAGAUUGUGAUCCUUCGCUCGGACACCGGCGACACGUGGCAGGACCACUACCUCCACAACAACGACAACCCCAUGAUACAGGAAGCUCUUCAGCGCGAGCGUCAGGAGUACGGCUCCACGGGCGAGACUCUAGGCGAGAACGGUGAGCGAGUGUGCCGCAUCGUCACCUGCGAUUUCCCGCAUUACAUCGCGUGCGUGUCGCGCGUGCGCCAGGAGGUGCAUAUCAUCGGCCCUGAGGGAGGCACCGUCUCCAGCGCACAUACGCCACAAGUCCAAGCCUUGUUCCCGCCGCAAGCGCUCACGAAGCGCAUCCGUGUCGGCAUCCAGGCGCACAGCGCGCCUCCCGAGCUGAGUCGCCGCGUGCUGCCGCGACACGUCGCCGUAUCGCCCGUGAUAACUGUCGAGCCAAGGCGCAGGAAGUUCCAUAGGAGCAUCACGCUCACUGCGCCCUUGCCAGUCCAGGAAGGCCAGAUAAAGCAGGACAAGUCGACGACCUCCCAUUUGCGCCUGCUCUGCUCCAUAAUGGGGGGCCAGGCGCGCGCGGUGUGGGAGGACGUGACUGGCUCCACGCCGCUCACCGUCACCGAGGACUGCGGCUCCUUCACCACCACCGUCUCCGCCAGGUUCUGGCUCAUGAACUGCCAGAACGUCAGCGACGCCACCAAGCUCGCCACCGAACUCUACAGAGAAAUGUUGCUGGUGCCAUUCGAGGUGCGCAUCGUAGUGUUGGGCAAGCGACUGGACGCGUUGGAGGGACGACUGCUAGUGUUGUACAUCACCGACAGAUACGCGUACGAUACGCUGCUGCAACAGGAGCACUACACGGAAGUGGCGCAUUCGACGGCAGUGCGGUUCCUGGACGGCAAGGAGAUAUUCCUGGAGUUCUCCGGCAACCUGGUGCCAGUCACCAAGUCGGGGAGCCAGCCCGCCUUCAACUUCGAGUCAUUCAAAGACAACCGAGUAGAAUUCACCGUGAGAGUGAAGCAUCACGAAGAGAAGCCAUCUGGACGUAUUUACUUCAUGAACGAGCCCAAGGUGGCUAAAGGCGAGGAGUCCCAGACGCCGGUGUGCGUGCUGGACGUGGAGCUGCCCGACCGCAUCGCGCCGCGAGCCGGCAAGAGCCAGCUGGACUACCUCAACCUCGACCAGUCCGGCUUCGACGCCCUGAAGGAUGAGCUGAGCUUCCACUGGGGCGAGCACAACAACAGUCUCGGCCCCGGCUCCCUGCCGCCGGCGCCGCCCACGCAGGUCAAUGGACAUGAUAAGAUCAUCACAAACGGCGACGUCAAGUAUCCGACCAAGGAUACGGAAGAUAAGACUCCAAAACCCCAACCAAAUGGAGGGACCAUCGUUGACUCUAAUAAGACUAAGGCCACAUUCGACUCUGAUGAAGACAAGACCCCGCACAACACCCUUGAGAAAGGCAAGAAGGAUGGUAAGAAAGAAGGGUUCUUCGGAGGCAUCGCUGAUAAAGUAAAGAAUGCCUUCAGUCACAGUGAGGAUAGAGAAGAUAGUUCUAAAGAGUCCUCUCCUAAGCCCCAGCCUAAACCACGCGAUUCUAAAGAGAAAUCGCCACCAAAACCUGCCCCUAGGAUUAUUGAUGAAGGUCUCCUCGGUAAAGUAGACGAUAUGUUUAAAGAUUUGAAAACUAAGCCGCAUAGAGACGACGACGACAUUGAAAGCGAAGUGUACGCUACCAAGUUAGUCGUAGACGAAGACAGACCUCAUUUAAACACACAAGAAGUGUACGAACAGUACUCCAACAUGCAACCGGUUGAAACUCCUAUUCGCACAAAAACAUCAGACCCUUUCGCGUUCUAUUACGAUUGUUGCGAUGGAAAAUUCAAAGGACAGAAACAUACACACGAUGAAACUUCUAAUCUAGUCGACAGAAUUGAAAAUGCCAACUUCACUGCUCAUGAAAAGUGCGCAGAGGUGUCAGAUAAGUUGCAGGGAGAGUUGAAAGAUGGUAUUGACAAGUUAGAGAAGGAAAAGGACAAUAUCAAACAAAAAACUAAUGAAGCCGCUGAAGAUUUGAUCGAGAAAUAUGAUAAGGUCAAAGGCGAUGUCAAAAAUAAGGGACAAGAGCUGAAAGAUGAUUUCAAUGCUGAGAUUGACAACGCCAAGUCCAGCACUAAAGAUGUUGUUGAUAGUUUGAAGGACUCUGUCAGUAUUGUCAAAGAUAAUUUAGAACACAAAGCGCAUGUCAUUGAUUUCCUUGCGCAAGAAAAAGCUGAAGCAGCAAAACUGCAUAGCCAAAAUGUCGUAGAAAGUGUUAAGAGUACGGCUCAGGAUAUCAAGGCUGGAGCCAAACAAACAGCGGAAAAUGUCAAGGAUGCAACCAAUGAAAAAUUGCAAGAAGUAAAUGAAUCUAUUGAAAACGCAAAAGACAAGGCACAGGACGCGGCAGCUGAUCUCAAAUCUAAAGCCCAAGAAACUAAAGAGGAAGUCAAAUCUAAAGCUAAUAAAAAGAAGAAGGAAGGAAAAGGUUUCCUUGGCGGUCUUGUUCACAACAUCUUCGGUGAGAAAGACAAGGCUGAAAAAGAACUCAAAGGUAAGCUUGCUGAUACCAAGAAUGCUGCCAACGAUUUGCUAGAUCAAGCAGCAGCUAAGAAAGAUGAAGUGAAAGAUAGCGUUUCGAAGAAAGAAAAAGAACUAAAACAAGGUGCUGAACAGUUAGCGCAAUCUGCGCAAGCUAAAAAGGAUGAGCUAGAAAAGUCGGCUCAAGACAAAUUCAAGGAAGCUGAAAAAACUGUACAAGAGAAAGUUGACGAAACUAAGAAAGCGGUUCAAGACAAUGUGAAUGAAACUAAGAAAUCUAUUAAAGACUCCGCAGAAGCAGCCCAAAAAUCAGUUCAAGAUAAGGUUGAUGAGACGAAAACAGCAGUUCAGGACAAACUAGAUGAAACGCAAAAAGCUGUUAAAGAAACUGUAGAUGAAUCUAAGAAGGCUGCCAAGGAAACAAUAGAUGAAACUACGAAAGCUGUCGAAGAUAAGGUUGAUCAAACUAAGAAGGCGGUGCAGGAUAAGGCAGAAGAAACUAAAAAAGCUGUGCAAGACAAAGCCGAUGAAGCGAAAAAGGCGGUACAAGAAAAGGCAGAUGAAACCGCAAACGCAAUUCAAAGCAAAAAAGAUGAAUUAAUAAACGCUGUACAUGAGAAGACUGAUGCUGCGAAGCAAACGUUACAGGACACUAAGGAAGGUUUAAUUAACUUUGGGCAUUCAGUUGAAGAUAAAGCGAGAGAUGCUAAACAAGCCGCACAAGACAAGAAAGAUGAGGUUUCUCAAGCUGUUACCAACAAAGCGAGUGAAUUAAAAGAAGGUGUUGAUCAUUUAGUUCAGGAUGCAAAGGCUAAAACAGAAGAAGUGGGCAAAGCUAUUCAUGACAAAGCUGACGAAACGAAACAAGCGCUGAAAGACAAAAAGGAUGAAGUUGUUGAUGGAGCUAAAGAUCUGGCGAAUCAGGCCGUGGCUAAAAAAGAUGAAAUCAAAGAAGGCAUUUCUAAAAAACAUGAAGAAUUAAAAGAAGGUGCUGAGAAUUUAGUACAUAGUGCACAGGCUAAGACAGAUGAAUUUGGUCAAGCUUUAAAAGAUAAAAAAGAUGACUUCGCACAAGGUUUACACGACAAAACACAUGAACUGGGCGCAGCUAUUAGUAACAAGAAGAGCGAGGUAGAAAAAGCGAUUCAUGACAAAAAAGAUGAGGUUCAAAGCGCAGCAGCGAGCGAACUAGACAGGAUAAGACAAGAAGCGGAACACACGACGGAUCAGAUUAAAAAAUCUGCGGAAGACACAUUAAAUGCAGCGGCUGACAAAAAAGCCGAGAUCCAAACCAAUAUCGGAAACAAAGUAGACGACAUUAAGAAAUCUGGUAAAGAAGGACUAGAAGACAUACAACACGCUGCAAGUGACAAAAUUAACGAUUUGCAAAGAUCGUCGAAAGAAGCGUUCGGUCACGUACAAGACUCUACCUUGAGCACUCUCGAUAGUGUCGAGAGCGCAGCCAAGGACAAAAUGAGCGACGCGAAAGACACCUGGGAAGACUUGCAGAGCUCUACAAGGGACACUUUUGCAGAUUUCAAAGACGAUGCUCGUAGCUGGGAGAAUUCGGCGCAGGAUACGCUGCACAGUUUUCAGAGUUCCGCUGGGAACACCUUCGAUAGCUUAGAUGAUAGCGCUAGGGAGUUCUAUGGGGGCGCGCAAAGCGCCGCUCAUUCCACCGAAAAUGCAUCGAAACAGCUAUUUGGUGAUGUGAAGGAUAGCUUCGAAGGUUUCCAAGUAUCAGCUGAUAACAAACUUGAGGAUGUGAAAGGAGCGGCUAAUGAACGGCUGGAAGAGGCCGGGGCGAGGUUGGGAGAGGCACAGAAAGAGGUUAAAGAGGGUGUGAGAGAGGCGGAAAACGCAGCAUUUGAUGCAGUGGCGAGUGAAGCAGACAAAUUCACGAGCAGUCUCAACGAUUUGGGCAAUUCGGUUUUCGGAUCUUCAGGCAAAGGUUUUAUGAAAGAUUCGAGCACCAAAUUAUUGGAGUCUGAGAAGGCUCAGUCGUCACCGUCGCCACAAAAGAAGGGAUCUGGAAUUCCGAAGCUAAAAAAGAAGAAUAAGAAAUAGAAGGCGAACGAACGGCGAACGCUGGACGAUGUAUGAUAUAGUCGUUAACUUUAAUAUUUAUUAUUGUUCAAGUUUACAUCGCAGUACGAUUAUUUCAUAAAAUGCCUUUUCCCCUUUGAGUACUUGUAAAUAGAAUUCUUUUUAAAUCGCAAAAACCAGUGAAACAUUUAUGAAUGUUACAAUUAUAUGCUAUAUUUUACCGGUGCCCCGUUGCGAGUUUAGUAAGAAAAGGUCAAUGCAAUAAUCGUCCUGCCUUUAAGUAGAUGCGCAUUGCAUUAUGUAACAGAAAACGCUGUUCCAUUGAAUCGAUUUAUAUUUAAAAACGAUAUUUUUUGUAUGUCUAUUUGGAUCCUAAUCGCGAAACCUGUACAUUUCGUGCAUUCUGUAUAAUUUCGACUUUAAUUUUAUUUUAUUCUCUUGACUAACUCUUUGUGGUUUCAAAUAAAUUAUUACUUACUAGAUGUUUCUAGUUAUAACUUUUACUGAAAGUAAUUAUUAUAUUUAAAAAAAAUC